AUAUCACAUUAUUGGAUUUAUGUACAAAACCAAAAGCGACGACACACAGUUCCACUUGACCUCUUAUGUCAAUGGCCAUUGUGAUUAAGCAGUACAGUGACAAAAAACCUCGGAGUACCAGAAAAGAUGAAGGUGGAUGGACCGUCGACUACUAGACGAACAAUGACAAGCCCUUGGGUGGGCUUGUCAUGAUCUUGGGCAGCGAAAUGAACUACGGUGCUGCAAGCAGCACAAUCGAUCGUAACGAGCAACAAAAGGAGAAGUCCUUGUCAGAUCCAUCACCGAUUGCAGAGAAGCGAGCCGCUCAAGGGUAUAGAAUGAGCUCAGGAGUGCACAUGUGUCACACCAGGUACGGUUCAGAGUCAGCACAACAGGAAAACUGGAACUGUAACAAAAGUCACGAUCUUUGGAGGUGUACCUUUGCACUCUACCUGGUCGACAAAGGAAUGUCAACCAUGACUGGACUGGGCUUCCCCGAACACAAAAUUCUUGCGUGGUGGAAAUGAUUCUUUUAAAUCGGACACGCGCGCUUCUCCCUCCGACACGCUCCAGUAUGAUGAGCGCUAGGAAUUGUAGGAAGAUCUAUGAUGGUGGCUGGGCCCGUGGCUCGCACAAAAAGUCCAGGGACGUUCCGUAUGGUAGCUCGCAACUCUGAGAGAUGCGAAAUCAAUCGUUGGCUUUCGGGGCACUUGGCGUUGCUCCGUUCACCCGACGCGGGCGAGAGGCAAAAGCUUUCCCAUCAAGGUUUCCACAAGAACCUCGUUACGCACCCAUCACAAUCCCGGGCGUGUAUAGACAUGUGACGAUUUCAACCUCUGGGCUCUUGCAACCGGGUUGACUCUGUACAGCAUUGCAGCUUCUUGGAACCCAGGAUAUUCUGAUCCCUGCUGAGAACAUUAGGCUGCGGCAGAGAUUGAGAUUCGCGAGUUUCUGCACUUGGGGAUGCGUGGGGUCCCUCGGCAAGUGCAUGGAUGGCGGCCCCCUCAAUGGACUUCAAACACAAACGAUUCUCAUUUGGACGUCAGUCCGAAGGAAGAGGAAUAAGAAAGGAAGCGGAUGACUCGCUCCCUGAAGUUCAUCGUAUACAUGAAAAUCCAUUACGUUCAAUCACUCGACGACUCCGUCACCAUCAGAAUGACGUGUGCUCACCGACUGCACAUUCCUUGUACCGAGAGGGAAAUGAGGCGAGGGGCAGAAUUAUUUCUUCAUCCGAAGGUGCAGAAUUGGUGCAGGAAUAUCCAACUCAAAAGAGCUGCAAGAUUGCGUUCUCGGCAUGAUUGGCCGAAGAACCCGAGAGACCAGCCAUGGAUUCAGGCCAUCGAGACGAGACGGGGCCAGCAUCCAUCUUCUUUGGGGAAACUCGUGGGGGGGAGCCGGAGGUGGCCGCAUCGGGCCGCCAGACCAAGGGCUCCAGACCAAAGGUCCCCGGACAGGCUACUCGAAUUUCUUCCUUGUAUGCUUCAUGAAGCCAGCGGUGAUGGUGGUGGUAGUGCCGCUGUGGUGACAGACAACAUUAGCGUUUCAGUCGCUGGCGCCGCCAGGUCAGCCGUACCGGCUGUACCAGGUCCGGAAGAAAGCCGAACGUCCCGCCGGGAAUUCUCAGAGCACGGCGAAGUUAGCCGCCAGGCACAGCGUUGACUCGUGGUCCGGCAGUCUGGACACGUGUCGAACGUCCAAAAGACGGCCGUGCGGGACUGCCCCGAGAUACGCCGGGCCAGAGGCCCGGAAGUGUGACAUGCUCCAGAGACCACUGCUGCCUGGCCUGGCCACGACUAUGUUUAGCCACCGCGACCAGGCCCGGCCG